UAAAAUGAAACGUACAUAAAAUAGAAUAGUUAUAAAUCGAUGACGAAUAGCAAAAGUGUGUGCAAUUAACAAUAUUUUAUAAGAUAAUACAUAUUAAAGGAAUUUUCUGAUCUAGUUCCAAAUAAACAGAGAUGAAUAAUCCAGCAAUGAAUUCGGCAACUCCAGGUGUGCCGCAGGUGCCGCUGCUAGACGACGACACCCUCGCCUUCGGGGAAGAAGAUAAUGCUAAUAAGCAGUUUGUGCACCCUUACAUAGUUUUCUUCCACUUGGUGUUCCGAUGCUCUGCGAUAGUGGUGUACAUGCUGUGUGGCUGGUUCUCCGACUCCUUUAUUGCCAGCUUUGUGCUAGUUGUCCUGCUACUGUCCGCUGACUUCUGGACUGUCAAAAAUAUUAGUGGCCGUCUAUUGGUGGGGUUGCGAUGGUGGAACUAUGUAGAUGACGAUGGCAAGUCACAUUGGGUGUUUGAAACAAAACAGGUAAAUAAUCGAGUAAACCAGAACGAAAGCAGACUGUUUUGGAUGGGGCUGAUUCUUUGCCCAGCUAUCUGGUCUACAUUCUUCAUCUUCUGUUUGUUUGGACUUAAAUUCAAGUGGAUGCUGCUGGUCCUCAUCGCACUAACCCUGACGGGAGCCAACCUCUAUGGUUACAUCAAGUGCAAGUUCGGAGCCAAGGAGAACCUUAAGUCUGCCACUACGGAGUUCGUGAAGAAGCAAUUAUUGCAGAAUGCUAGCACCUUCAUGUUCUCACAACCUGCACCUCCCACUACCGGUAAUACGGGAGUAGUGUAAUAUAAGUUAUAUAAUUAUGUUAAUGUUAUUUAAUUUCAAUAUAAUUGUACACAAUCAUAUAUCGCACAUCCUCUGAAAAACUUUGGCUAUGUAUGUAUGUUGGACUAUGUAAAUAAUUAUGAAAAACUUUGGCUAUCCUAUCCUAUACUCUGGAAAGCUGAAGUGGUAGCGAAAUUUAUUUCGCCCACUGGUAAAAUUGUUUUUCCAAGAAUAAGAUUUUUCUUUAUAUCAUUUUGAAGAGGAUGUGUGAUAGAAAUGGUGAAGUAAAAAAUAAUAAGUUGAUCCAGGCACAUGGAUUGUUGAUGAUUUGAUGACAGAAGACAAGAUAUGUCAGUGAUUAUGUUCUACUAUUGGUAACUGAGUAGGCAAGCCUUAGCUUAGCCAUUAAAAUUGAAAAAAAUAUUUAUUUACAAUGUGCAACUUAACUUAUACAUAUUAGUCAUUGCAACUAUUGUUACUGGAAAACAUUAAUUCUUAUAUGUAUUUGUUUGUGAUUUUUGCCCAUAAAAGUUGUCAGCGUCAUAAUAUAUAACAUUAUUUUAAUAUCUUUUUAUUUAUUUCGUAAGUUUCGACACCAUUUGUUCCCAUGGGUACCGCAUUACCUCUACAAAGUUUAUAUACCAUACUUUUAGUUCAGAAAUCCCUGUGUGCAGUCUUAGUACUUAUUAUGUAUUUAUUAUAAAUUAAAAUAGAUUAUUAUAAUUAACUAACUUUGUGAUAUGAAAUUCAUUAAAGAUAUCUUGGCAGUUCCUUUUUUCUAUUUUAAUUGGUUCUUCUGUUUGGAAAAGCAUUGAACUUCAUAUUUUAAAUAAGCUUAUUUACUAUUAUUACAUUGUCAUAUAUAAACGAAUUUAAAAAUAUCAUAUCUGAAAUAAUUAAGCUAUUCACAUAAAUUACGAAGUUGCUCUGAACAUGAAAAAUAUUGUAGCCUAUUUUUUAAUUUAUUUUUAUCAUAAUUACAAGAAUAGAUAACAUGGUUACUGUUAUUGAAACUAUAAUUUGAGAAAACUUUCCAUUGAUUUAGUUUUCUUCAUCAACCAAACCUUAUUUAAUUUUGUUUUCUAGAUGGUGUUAUCAAAAAAUAAAAUAUCAAAAUUAAUGGCCAGUAGUUUGCUUGUUUUAUUGAUUGCAUCAAAGUUGUAUUGUAAAUAUCAACAUCCAACAAUAAUAAAGUUUUUAUUUAAAUUUAAAUAAUUUAAACAAAUCUGCCGAUCAACACUUACAUCCAAUGAUAUUUUUAAUUGUACACUUAUUGCAAUACAGUAACAAUGUAUUUUAUCACACUUUGCCAAAUUAAAUGAUGUAAAAAUCGUCCUGAUAGCUUUCAUUUAAACGAAAAUAUCAGUUUUUUCGCAUUUACUAUUAUAGUAUACGUAGUUAUUUUCAUCUACAUAAGUUUUAGUGUUUAUUAAAAAUAGUUUUCCAAAUAAAGCAUUACUCCUAUGUUUAUUCAUCAUUUGUUACUAUAUUAUGUAAAUAAUUAUGUAGUUAUUUUAAGAUAAUAAACUAUAUAUAAUACUUUACAAUAUU